AGACAAUCCAAAGCACGCCAUGAACGACGAUAUCUUUAGCCUCUUUGGCGCGCCGCCAGCACCCGUCCGUCCCGUGGAGAUCGCGCGCCAUGUAAACGCAUUAACCAUCACACCACCACCGCCGCCGCAACCACUGGAGGCGGGAAAUUCGUCCAUCACGUGCUUCCUUUCGUGCACGGACCUGCACUUACCGUCGGUCCACACCACGGCGCAAACCAUGCUCCGCGGGGCCAUGUCCGUGCUUGGCGGCGCUUCGACCCCCAAGAACAGAAAACCCCCCGAGUGCAUGAUCCAAGUGGACGUGAAGAACGCUCAUCGCGCGCCGCUCGUUGCCGUAGAGUCGCUCACGACCGAGAAGCUUCGCAGUCGCAACCCCGCAUUCACGGUGGGGAUUCACUUUGCCAACGAUCCAUCGUUCAUCCCCCCCGACUCCGUCGUGUGUUUUCAAGUCAUCAUGACUGAAGACAGCGGGUCACAGGGGAAAAAACCAGUCGCGACCGCCGAGCUCGCGUGGUUGCACCUGACGCAGAACUACGAGCAUGGCGCGUCCGUCGUGUACCUUCCGCUGCACUGCCCGUAUACGGACGCAGGCGUGCUGACCAUCCGAUUUGCUCGGACGGCGCCGAUGCGGCAUCCACUACUGGCGACCCAGAACCAAGUCGUGCUAGGGUAUGCGUUUCCAAACGCGAACCCGAGCCUGCUGCCGACGCUGGUGACGGAGGAGAUGGCGGAGGUGGGUACAAGCGUGCAGUUGCCACUCGUGUUCCUUCGGCAGUGCCGGCGGGAGCUUGAAGGCGCGUACCACCUGUGGCGCGUGCGGUACAACAACGCUAAGAAGCGGCUCAAGCACUUUGCCGACGCCGACGAGGCCAUGCAAAGUGGCUGCGACGUGUUCCGCGUGUCCGUGCUCCAAGCGCGCCACCUCCAGCCCAUGAAAUCCAUGCGAAAGGUACCUAGCAAACCCUUGCUCAGUCCCAAAUCGUUCAAGAAACCCGGUGACGGCAAGGCGAUGGACGGCGGCUUUGAAAGCGUCGGUGUCCACCCGUUUGCAGUCGUGCUCUUCAAUGAAACUCCCGCGCCGCACGCCAACAUCAACAGCACCCCGUGGCAAGUCGUGGGCAAGACCAACACCGAGUACGAAUGCACGGCCCCGACGUGGGCGACCAACGCGCAGAUGAGCCAGUGUCCGCACGGCGCGCCGUCCACCGACUUCUUUGUGUCUACCCACCUCCACACUAAAGUGGAGAAGCGCACGCAGUUUGUGUGGUACCGCCCGUCCCGCCGCCAAGAGUUAUCGGGUGCGAUCCAGAUCGACGUGUGCAGCGAGAACGAAACGGAUGGCCACCAGCCCCCCGUCGCAUUGGGGUCGGUCACGCUGUCACUGGAAGAGCUGCGGCCGCUGUUUGUGCCGGACGCGGCCGCCGUGGUCGCUCACGCGGUGGCGUUUCGAAGCGCCAACUGGUUUCCUCUCAAAUCCAAGCAUGGCGACGUUGUGGGCGAAGUGCAAUGUGAGAUGGAGGUGCGGCUGACGUCGGCUGCGUUUACGUUCGAGUCGGAGCGCGAAACCCAUUUUCAAAAGACGGCCAAGGCGGACGAAACCCCCCUGUUCCGCCUUGCCACCCAAGCGAUGGACCGGGCGUUGCGGGACACGAUGCACACGCCCAGUGAUGACGAUACGUAUUCGAUUCAGUUUCUUCAUGCGCAUGUCAAGGAGCUUGGGGGGUACGUCAAGGAGCUGGACGCGAUGAUUCGUAAAGCGGAGGCGCGGGCCACGUCCAAGACAUGGUUCAAGGGCAGCACCGACAAGAAGAAGCGCGAUAUUCAAGCGAUGGCAACCAACUUGCACGUGUCGUACCUUCGCAAGUUCAACUGGCCGCCCAGCAACUCGCCCCGCCCGAGCCUCCAGCCGCCGCCGCACAAACGAUCUAGUCAAGCCGACUUGCUGGGGCUACACGGAGACGCGAAGUUGACGGGUGUAGGUUUGGACGUGACGCUCCCCCAGACGAAUGACAAUAAUCCUGCAAUUGCCACGUAUGCGACAGUGACGUGCGGCGCGCCCACGGCGCAUGCGAUUCCGGACGAAGGGCUGAUGGAGCUCGAAGACAAGCUAGUGAAAACGCACAAGGAGAUUUCGCUCAUGGCUAACGGCAUGAAGAACCUGUACCACGGCCGCGUGAUGGUCGAAGGCGGCAACGUGCUCGUGGAGCGGCCGCUGCUCGUGCCCGUGACCGACGACGACUCUGGCCUCACAACCCACGGGACGGACGAGGAUGAUGACGUCAACAGUGCCAUUGCACUGGAGAGCAAAUCAGGCGGCGGUGGCCGCAAGGUGACCCACACAGCCAAAAAGGACAAGAAGGGCAUGUUCUUCCCCAAACUCAGUCGACAGUCGAGCGAUACCCACCUCGUGACGCUUGGCCAACUGCGCGAACGCUUUGAAUCGACCAAGUACCAGUACUACUUUCGCAAAAGCGUGUGCGUGUCGCAGAGUGUGACAGCGUUGGUCACGACGUUCCUGGCCAUGCUCGAGCUGCACGAGGAUGACCCCUCAACGCUGUCGCAGUGGUCCCAGAUUGGGUUUGUGAUUGGCUGGGAGAGCUUAAUCUCAUCCCAGGGCAAGGAGUGGCGCAUGCUGAGCGACGCGUGGGUAGCCAUCAAGUGCCUCGAGCGCUUCUCGUUCCAGCUGGACCAUACCAUCUCGGAGAUUGUAUUGGAGGAACGCAGUGUCGACCACGAGGGGUAUGUAUGCAUACACUUUUCAUGGGAUUAUUGUACAUAUAUGUACGUACUACAGGUAUAUCAUUCGAAUCCCCACCAAGCAAGAUAUGCACCUGGGACUGAUUGCAGUCACCCCCGUGGUGUUUACGCAAGGCAUCAACGAGAUGCAAAGCCUGGCCAAUAUGGUCGGGUCGUCGGGCGUGGAGUUGCAGUCGACAAUCAACAACGCCAGCUUCAAGAGCCUGCAAAUGUACCACACCAAGUACCUCAAAACGUCCAACGUCGAGUCGGACUCGACGGCGGCGCACCUGCUGCUGGACCCGCUCAUGGCGGUGGUCCAGUCUGAAAACGCGGCUGCCAAGAACACCCGCAUCCUCCUCGAAGCGUCCGAUGUGGUUCGUCGGCUGCGAGGGGGGCGCGUGACGUAUUGCAAGUCGGGGAAGGACCGGACGGCCAUGAGCGUGACCCUGGAGCAGGCGCGGCUGCUCUUCAAGCGCGUGAGUGGCGUCAACCCCCUGCACCUCUUGGGCGCCACGGAGCAGCUCAACAUCGGCGCCGAGGAGCUGCACGCGGCGAACAUCAUGCGCGAGUUUGGCAUCCGGAUUGAGAUUGCCAACAAGAACGUCGGGCGGUACAAGUACUCGUUCAAUGCGAUACAGCGCAAGAUGCUGCCCGACAUUUAUCGACCCCCCAUGAGCACCAUCCAGGACAUUGUUACGUCUGUGACAGCGCGAGAUUCGUAACAAUUAUAACAAACUCAAUGGAUUAACCAUGGGAUGGCGG